GCUAACACAAACAUAGAUAGUAUCUAAGAGGAAGAGAAACUAUUAAAGAAAAUGAAUGUUGGUAUAAAAUGUAAGUUAUGAAUUUAAGUGACAUUCAUGCCUACUAUAUUGGCUUCAGGAGAUGUACGACUUCAGAAUAUAAACUACUAUUAUUAAGUAUUUGACAAGUAUGGACCAAGUUUGAAAUUAUGCUUCUAAUUUGCAAAUAAGAACUUUACUUUAGGCACAAUAUGUAUGAUAGGAAUAUAAAUGGUAUAUAAUAUAUAUAUAUUGAUAGUUAAAUAUAUUGGAGAAAAUGCAUGGAUAAUUCAUUGUUCAUCGUAAUUUAAGACCUAAGAAAAUAUUAACAGUACCAAAUAAAAAUGAAUUUGUCUUAAUCGACUUUUAACAUAGUGUUAAAUUUAAACAUAAAAAUGGAAAAUAUAUAGGUUUAGGAUCAAAGUUCUCUAGUUAAACUAAAUUAACUAAAUUUUCUAGUUUAAAUCAACAUUUAGGAUUGAGUAUAUGAAGUAUUGAUUAUGAUUUAAGCUGCCUCACCAAAAGAUGACUUGGAAUCUUUAGGGUUUAUACUAAUGUACUUUUUAAAGAAUGGAGAUAUGUUUAAAGUCAAAGAAACUGUAUCUAAAAGUAAACAAAUGGAAGAAUAAAAGUUGCGAAUGAUACCAGAAAAAUUCUGUAAAGAUAUGCCUAUUGAAUUCCUUUAAUACUUUUAAUUUGUUAGAUUGACAAAUGUGUAAUAAUAUCCAUUAAGUGACUAUGAAUUCUUAAAAAAGUUUUUUAGAAGCAUACUCCAACAACUUAAUAUAAAUGAGAAAGAAUUCUAAUAUGAUUGGGUAUCUAAUAUUUAAUAAUUGUUAGUUAAAGAAAAUGAAUUUAUAAUCCUAAUAACCUAAGGAGGAUGGAUAAACAAAGAUUGUAGUUCAUGAACCUUAAACUUUAGAAAGAAUCUAAGAAGUUUAAACAGAAUUGGAAAAGUCUUCAUUUAAAAGAGAUUGUUAUCGUAAAUCAUCAUCAUUAUAUAUAAAUGAUGAAGAUGAUAAGUAAUUUGAGAGUGUAAGUAACAAAAUGUUACAUCUUCCAAAUAUGUAUGAUUUGAUUAAACUAAAAAAUUGA